AGACUGAGCCCUGGGGCGCGCACUCUCACAUCCUUGCUGAGCAUCUGUUGGAGCAGAGAGAGAGCAGACAGGGUCAAACAUUCCACAGAGGAGGACGGGGACGCAACCAGAGAAUGUUGGUAGUGAUUGACCUUGUGCUGAUGCUGAUAGAUUUGACAAUAUCUCUUUUUAAUGCGCUGGUGCGCACUGUGGUAAGGCCACGGCUGAAACCCAUUGAUGGAGAGUUGUGUCUUAUCACGGGGGCAGGAGGAGGACUGGGGCGUCUCUUCGCCUUGGAGUUUGCCAAAGAGGGGGCAGAGGUAGUGUUGUGGGACUGCAACGCAGAGGAGAACGAGAAGACGGCCAAACUGGUUCGGGAAUUGGGCAUCAAGGCGCACACGUACACCGUGGACGUCUCCAAGCGCGAGACUAUUUACCAGACCGCCGAGCGCGUGCGGCUCGAGGUCGGAAACGUCACUAUGUUGGUCAACAAUGCGGGGGUGGUGGCAGGACAGCGUUUUCUGGACUGUCCGGAUGCGCUUUUGGAGAGGACCCUGCUGGUGAACUGCCAUGCACUUUUCUGGAUGACGAAGGCGUUCCUUCCUCACAUGAAAGCCACCAACCAUGGUCAUAUUGUCACUGUCGCAAGCACCCUCGGAUUGUUUACCACAGCCUGUGUAGAGGACUACUGCGCCAGCAAGUUUGGGGCAGUGGGUUUCCAUGAGUCUUUGACACACACUCUCCUGGCAGACGGGGUAAAUGGAGUCAAGACCACACUGGUUUGCCCCUACAUUGUCAACACUGGCAUGUUUGCAGGAUGCCAAAUCAGAGAGGAGCUCAGAGGGCUGAUCCCGCCCCUGGACCCCCUGGUCUGCGUUCAGCGCUCCAUGCAGGCCAUCCUGGGGGACGAGACCAUGGUCUGCAUCCCCAGCAUCAUGAACAUCGCCUUCUUGUCUCGAGCGCUGCUUCCUUGGGAGGCUAAUGUGGCCACAUACCGGUUCAUGGGAGGUGACAAAUGCAUGUAUGCCUUCAUCAAGGCCAAGCAGCAGCAACAGCAAAGCGUGGUAGCCAAUGGGCAUGCCAACGGAUAUGUGAAGAAGACUGGGUGAAGACUUGCCAAAAUGCCUGGAAUUAAAAAGGUCAUCCUCAACUUGAAGGGGAAUUACAGCCAAUUUCAACAUGUAGUUAUAUUGCUUACGCUACCCUUCAACUUAUCAUUAUCCCAAGACACGUACAUUUUUGUUCAGCCCUUUACGAAAUCCUGGCCAGCUACCUAGGGGUGGUUGUUUACAUAUGUACAGUAGUGUUUCAAUCAUCUUACAUACUCCAAAUAUCAUCCAAGAAGUUAUGCACCAUCAGUAUACAACACAGCACUUAUCGUUUGGAUUAUUUGGAGUAUGUUGCAAUGUGUCAAACAGUUUGUAAAAAAACAUACCCCUGGCCUGGAAAGGUCUGAACAAAAAAGUGACUCAAGUAGUGAAAAGUUAAGGAUAGCAUGAGCAGUGACACUGCAUGUUAGAAUUCUCCGUCAAAUGUCCUUCUCUGCUGAGUUUGGGGACCAUGAAGACCAAAGCUAGACAAAGUGAUUACUGAUUAGUGGUCAAUCAUCAUGGAUUUAGCUGAUAAACAGCUAUGGACUUCCAAGCAACACAGUCGUUGCUUAAUCAGUAACUACAAAAACAGAACUUCCAACAGUUCUGAUCUUAUUUAAGUGUUACACUGUGUCUUAAAUUUUACUUAAAUUAUUGACGCUUUCACAAGGGAAGCCUUGCUAUUUUGAUUUUUGAAAAAGUGUGCAAAAUACAUGUAACUGAAAAGGGGACCAUUUAUUGUUUUUAUUCUCAUUGUGAUUCAGAAGUUACCGCACUUGUGUUCAUCUGUCUUGUGAUAAAUUUGUCAAAUUCAAAGCUAUCAAAGCAUUUUAUGUAAUAAAUUGUCUAAAGAA